UUUGGCUUGGUGGGAUGCAGGGGAGGGAGCUGUGGCUAUUUAAAGAGGGUCACGGAUAAAUAACAGCGGGUCUACGACAUUGACUAACCGCCUGUAAAUGGUACAAAUCCUGUUCUCCGUCUCUGAUUGUCCAGUUUGGUCGUGACAGCCACCCGUCGGUCCAGAUCCGGGCCAGUCCUGCAGCUCUUCCCCAGCUAUUUUCAUCCUAGUGGCUCCUUUUUAUCUUCCAUCUUGGGGAUCCGUAAAAAAAAAUGGGAAAAGAUUACUAUAAGACGCUGGGUAUCUCUAAAGGAGCCUCAGACGAGGAUAUAAAGAAAGCUUACAGAAAGCAGGCGCUGAAAUGGCAUCCGGACAAAAACAAGUCUGCAUCCGCGGAGGAGAAAUUUAAGGAAAUCGCCGAGGCAUAUGAAGUCCUGAGUGACCCGAAGAAAAGGGAAAUUUACGAUCAGUAUGGAGAAGAAGGUCUCAAGGGAGGAAGUGGGCACACAGCUGAUGGACAAGGACCCACUUUCACCUACACCUUCCACGGGGACCCACAUGCCACCUUUGCCACUUUCUUCGGGGGUUCCAACCCAUUCGAGAUGUUCUUUGGGCGUAAAACGAGUGGACGUGAUGACGACGACAUGGAGGUGGAUGGAAACGACCCUUUCGGCUCGUUCACCAGCUUCAACAUGAACGGUUUCCCUCGGGACGGCCACAUCGGCCUCGGAGGUCAGCAGCGCCGGAAGCAGGACCCGGCCAUCAUCCACGAACUGAGGGUCACUCUGGAGGAAGUCUUCCAUGGCUGCACCAAGAGGAUGAAAAUCUCUCGCAAAAGGCUAAAUCCAGACGGCAGGACCAUGCGCAACGAGGAUAAGAUUCUCACUAUCGAGAUCAAGCGAGGCUGGAAAGAGGGGACAAAGAUCACGUUUCCGCGGGAGGGAGACGAGUCGCCCAGCACCAUCCCUGCUGACAUUGUUUUCGUCAUCAAGGACAAACCUCACCCUCACUUCAGACGGGAAGGCUCCAACAUUGUGUAUCCUGUUCGUGUGAGCUUAAGACAGUCUUUAUGUGGAUGCUCGGUUACCGUGUCAACGAUAGACGGAAAGACAUGCAACAUGAAGAUCACAGACGUCGUCAAGCCUGGCAUGAGAAAAACUGUAGCUGGACAGGGCCUCCCCUUGCCUAAAAACCCGGAGCAGAGAGGAGAUCUGGUGGUGGAGUUUGACGUGAACUUUCCUGAUCUGUUGCCUGGCAACGCCAAGGAUGUCCUGAAACGGCAUUUACCUGCUUAGGACAAAGAACGAGGGCUAAACGAGGGAGGUUCGGAACCGCAUGGCGGCGCUCCCCGUCGAAAGAGAAAGAGACGCUCUCACACAAGGACAGUAAUGACGAUACAUUGAUGGACCCCCAACUGACGAAUGUGCAAUUUAAAUUUUUGAGCUGUUUGUUCCUUUUUAUAAAUAUCAUGCAUGCUGCCAAGCUGACACAAGUGCAAUGAAGGACUGCUUGGACUGUUUUGUGAAAGUACACACUUGAUGUAAGUGGGCUUUUACCACAAUCCCUUUAUUUUUUUUUUGUUGGUUGGAAAUAUUUAGCUAGCAAAAAAAAAAAAAAGACAAAGUUGCCAGAACAAUCCACGGGAAAACUUUAGUGCCAAACAGAACAUUUUGUUUUCUCUUAUUUAGAUUUGAAAGGAUUCUUUAGUGACACUUUUUAAAACCGUUUUUUGUGUCUUUGUGUGUGUGUAUAUGUAUGUGUGCGCGCGCCUGUGUGUGUGUGUGUGUGUUUUGAGCUUCAAGUGUUAGGCCUUUAAACACGAAGACUUGAAUUUUUAACAUAAAUGUCUAAGAUGAUCUUGAGCCGUUUCAAUCAUGGGGUUGAUGCCUUCAAAGAAUCAUCCUCCAUGACUUGAUAAUUACUGGUCAGUAUCCUUUGUAGUCUACGUAGCAAUAUAUUAACAAACAAAACAAAUAAGGGCACGUGGGGGUUCUUGGUGGCACCCUGAAAUUAAAUUUACCUAUAUUUUGAUAGCCAAAUGUGAAUAUUUUGAUGCUGUACUACACACACAGUUACAUUUCUGAUGUGCAAAGAUCAAAAAUAAAAAUAUACUGAGUGAAUGUGAUGCUAUGAGUUACUAAUGACAAAGGUAUGAAUGUGUAAAUAUAGCAGUCUGGUCUCAGCUGCUCAUUUUCAGCUGCCAACAAGAGGCCUUUAGGUUUUCCCACCAGGGGACGCCAGUUCACUCCCCAUGACGCUGGGGGCCCUCUCAGUGAAAGGGGGUCUAAUGGGCAAAUAUUUGAAUCAAACACUGCAUCUGUCCCUGAAAUACUUGUAGGAGUGCGUGUGUGUGCAUAAGCAUGUGUUCAAGAUUUGUGUUAAUGCUGAGUCACUAUUGUCCAGGGGAGGGAUGAGUGUAAACACACCUGCUUAGUGUAGGAGGUUUGCCAGAUGGCAAUCCUCUCUGCUUAAAAGAAUAGCAUCCAGCAGAGCAGAACUGAUUUUAAGUUAGUACUAAUACUACUAAUAAUAGAUCAGAAUCAGAAUCAAAGUCAGGUCAAAAAAGACAGGGAAUUUGACUCGGUUAUUUUUGCUCACUGUACAAUAAAUAGGCAAAUGACAGCUCUUAUUACAUAUAUACAAUUUUUAAAAAAAGUGAAAGGUGCAGCAGCAUGAGGUAGACAUGGUUGUUGAAAGGUGCAUUGUUACAGUGUAUGAUUGUGGUUAUUAUUAUCAUUAUUAUUAUUAUUACAAAGUAAUUGAUUUUUCUGAGACUAUGAGUGAACCUAAUUAAUUG